UUAUAAUAUUGCGCGCGCGUUCUACCGGUUUAUCUAUAUCGGUAUAAAAUAUCUAUAGAAAGUGGGUGACAGGGUAAAGUAACGGGAUUGCAUUUAUAAAUCAGGUUGCUUGCCUAUUGUGAGCAAAACAUAUUUAUUGGAAUUAUUUUGUGUGCUAUUAAAAAAAAAACAUUUACUAUGCCUGAACCGAAACCAUUCCAAAGAUUACCAAAAUCAAUAGUGCCAGAACAUUACGUUAUUACAUUACAACCUAACCUCAAGAGUUUUCAUUUCGAAGGGCAUGUGUUGAUUCGUGUGAAAAUUGUACAACCAACCCAAAAAAUAGUAUUAAAUACAGUUGAUUUAACCAUCGAUAAAGUUACGAUUCAACGAACUGAUUCUGAAGGUAGUGGAAUUGUUAAACCAACCACAAUAUCUACAUCCGAAGAUGAUGAAAUUGCAACUUUUGAUUUUCCAAGAGAAUUAUCUAUUGGAAAUUAUGAUUUGGAAAUCACUUAUAUUGGUGAAGUCAACAAUAAAAUGAAAGGAUUGUACAGGAGUAAGUGUGUUAAUGCAAAUGGAGAAGAAAAAUAUUCAGCUGUAACACAAUUUGAAGCAACAGAUGCGCGAAGAUGCUUUCCAUGUUGGGAUGAACCCGCAAUUAAAGCUACGUUUGAUAUUAUUUUAGAAAUAGAAUCAGGUUUAACAGCAGUAUCAAAUAUGCCAGUGAAAAAAUUAACUAAUAUUGAAGGAGGGCUAGUACAAUAUAAAUUCGAUACAACCCCGAAAAUGUCCACGUACUUAGUAGCAAUUAUAAUUGGAGAUUACGCUUAUGAAGAAGCACGUUCUGGUAGUGUGGUUGUAAGACUUUAUGCACCACCCGAUAAGUUAUCUCAAGGACAAUUUGCGCUUCAAAUUUCACCUGAUGUUUUAUCGUACUAUAAUAAUUAUUUUAAUGUUGCUUAUCCACUUCCAAAAAUGGAUUUAGCUGCAAUUGCUGAUUUUAGUGCUGGUGCUAUGGAAAAUUGGGGUCUAGUUACAUAUCGUGAGACUUGUUUAUUAAUGGAUCCACGAAAUCCAUCUGCAUCGCGUAAACAAUUCAUUGCACUAGUCGUAGCUCAUGAAUUUGCCCAUCAGUGGUUUGGAAAUUUAGUGACCAUGGAAUGGUGGACACAUUUAUGGUUAAAUGAAGGCUUUGCUACAUUCAUGGAAUAUUUGUGUAUUCAUAAACUAUUCCCAGAAUUUGAUAUUUGGAGUCAAUUUGUAACCGAUACGUACAUUAGAGCCUUAGAAUUAGACGCUUUAAAGAACUCACAUCCUAUUGAGGUCCCAGUGGGUCACCCAUCCGAAAUUGACGAAAUUUUCGACGAUAUUAGUUAUAACAAAGGGGCCUCUGUUAUUCGAAUGUUACAUCAGUACAUUGGAGACGAUGAUUUUCGAAAAGGGAUGCAAUCAUAUUUAACAAAGCAUCAAUAUGGUAAUACUGAGACUGAAGACUUAUGGAAAUCCUUACAAGAAGCUAGUGGAAAACCUGUAGGUGCUGUUAUGUCAUCUUGGACACGCCAGGUUGGAUUUCCAUUAGUUAAGGCUAAAUUGGAUUUCGAAGGCCAAGAUGCUAUUUUAUCAUUAACUCAGGAAAAGUUUUGUGCUGAUGGCAGCGUCGAAGAAAACAGUCCAAAAUGGUUAAUACCAAUCAGUGUAUCUACAAGUAAAUCACCUGGAAAUGAAGAAGUAACCACUGUGCUAGAAGAUCGUGAAACAAAAAUUACUAUCAAAAAUUUACCGGCUAAUGGUUGGGUAAAAAUAAAUGUUGGCACCGUUGGAUUUUAUCGUACACAAUAUACCCCAGAUAUGUUACAUCGAUUAACACCAGCUAUCAGUAACCAAAGUUUACCACCUCUAGAUAGAUUAGGUUUAUUGGACGAUUUACUAGCAAAUGUACAAGCUGGUAGAACUCCCACAUCAGAAGUGUUACGCUUAUUGCUAGCAUUUAAAAAUGAAACUCAUUACACGGUUUGGUCAAGUAUUCAUAAUUGUUUAUGCAAAUUGUCCGUACUAUUAUCUAACACCGAAUACUAUGAUGCGUUCUGUAAAUAUGCAAGACUACUUUUAUCAGGAAUUGGAGAGCGACUUGGAUGGGAACCAAGAAACGAUGAAUCGCAUUCUGAUACACUUUUACGAAGCCUUAUUCUAUCUCAGUUAAUAUGGUUUGAUGAUAUUGAACAUGGUAAGAAAGGUGUGGAAUUAUUUGAAAGGCGGGAUCAACGUCCAAUUCCAGUUGAUUUACGUGGUGUUUGUUAUCGAGCUGCACUUCGUGUCAGCAAUGAUACAAAUACCCUUGAUACACUAUUAGAUGUUUAUCGUACUACAAAUCUACAAGAAGAAAAGGAUAGAAUUGGACGUGCACUUGGUUCGUUGAAAGGUGAUACACUUCUUUCGAGAGCUUUAGAUUUCUCAAUGUCGGCUGACGUAAGACCACAAGAUUCUGUGUUUAUCAUAACAGCAAUAUCUAAUUCACGUCAAGGUAGAAAACUCGCAUGGGAGUUUGUGAAAGCAAGAUGGCCUGAAUUGUCUGAACGUUACAAAGGGUUAUUUUUGUUAAAUCGAUUAAUUAAAUUAUGUACAGAAAAUUUCGCAACCUAUGAAAUGGCUAAAGAAGUUGAACAAUUUUUCGAAAAACAAGAUUGUUCUACCUCAGAACGAACAAUUCAACAAAGUAUUGAAAGCAUUCAAUUGAAUGCUGCAUGGUUAACUAGAGAUCUCAAUUGUAUCAAAGAGUUUUUUGAUUCAGAAAACGCUUUAAUUCUUUGAACAAAUAAAUAAUUAUUGUGUAAUAUCAAUACAUUAAACAAUUUAA